AACUCUUAAACCAUUAGACUUCUCUCUUUCUCCUCCAACCUACCGAAAAAUCACCAGCCAUGAUCACGGAAUCUCUGCCGUCCAUCUGGGCUACCAUGCUGAGCUGGUUCACCCCCACCGUACUUUUCGUCCUGAUCAACAUUGUCAUUGGCACCAUCGUCUUCUCCACCUCCAAACACCAAAACAAAGAACAUCGUCCGCUCAACCGCACCUCUUCCAUCUUCAAUCUCUACCGUCAAAACACCCAAGAGAUAUUCCCCCCUCUGACCGCAGCUCACCAACAACCCAUCGAAAGUGUUGAUUAUGCUCCUACCGAAAACCAAAAUAUAGUCACCCGCCAGCUAAGCCGCACCUCUUCCAUCUUCGAAAGCCUCAGAUCCUUCAAUCUCUACCGUCAAAACACCCAAGAGAUAAUUCCCCCACUGACCUCAGCCCAACAACAACCCAGCGAAACCGUUGAUCAUGCUCCUACUGAAACCCAAAAGAAAGUCAUACGCCAGAUCAGCCGGAGUUCUUCCAUCUUCGAAAGCCUCAGAUCCUUCAAUCUGUACAGUCAAAAGAGCCAAGAGGAGAAGGCUCCUGUGACCACAGACCAACAUCAACCCAUCGAGACCGUUGAAAACAUUGAUCAUGAAUAUUUAAGGAGGAGCCAGUCUGAUAACCAUCCAACGGGUGGGGAGAGACAAGAGAUGGUGGGCCAGCAGAUGAAGAAGGCAGCGAGCGCCAAGUGGGGAUUUGAGCAUACAGAAGUGGAAGGUGGGGCCCAGCGACCAGCGACAAUGAGGGAGAGGAGGAUAGUGAGACAGGAGGAUGAAGAGGUGGAUGCAAGGGCUGAUGAUUUCAUAAACAAGUUUAAGCAGCAGCUGAAAUUACAACGCUUGGAUUCCUUGCGCAGGUUUCAGGAGAUGCUCAGCAGAGGCAAAUGAAGUGGGCCCCACUCUCAGGUAGUUUUAGGGUUUUAUUUUGAAGGAUUUGUCUCGGGUGAAUUUGUAUAAUUAUUAUUAAACUAGUUAGAUAGAGACAACCCUCCAACUCGCACCCUUGUCUCUUCACAUGUUGUUGAUGGCCCCCUUGCAUUUCAAGCAUCUAUUUUUUCUCUCUGUAUGGUGAACGUAUUUCUUAUUUGAAUCCAGAUCCUCAUCUUUAGUCA